ACUUUUCUCCGGAAGCUUUUGACUUCUGAUCUUACGUAUAGCGUUUGAAGGUAUCGUACAAGAGAACGGGCAUCAACUCAACACUGCUGUAGCUAGCUUGUUUAGCAAGCUGCUGCGACUAGCUGCAUGUCUAUGUGAAGUAACCUUAGGUUUAAAUUUAAAACGUUACGGACAAAAGAUGUGACAAGCUUCGGUUUUAAGGAUUAUCAGAGAGGCUGCGGUCAUGGGCCCAGACACUACAUCUGACCCCAAAACUGAAUCUUCAGAGGAAAGUCCAGGAGAAGUCAUUGUGAAGGUGAUCUCAGAAUCAGAUUCCAAUGAUGCUUCAACUGAAACAGAGCCUGAGAACUCCAAACAGCGAGACAAGUGUUACCCUUGUUCCAUUUGUGGCAAAGUAUUUGACAGACCAUCGAAGCUAGAGAGACAUAAACCCGUACACACGAGGAAGCCCAAGACUCUUCAUCAGUGUCAGCAUUGUGACAAGAGUUUCACACAGCAAGAGAAGCUGAUCCGGCACCAGAAUUGCCACAGUAGGACUAACAAGCACCCCUGUCCUGACUGUGGAAAAGUGUUCAACAGGCCUUCAAAGUUAGAGAGGCAUAAGCGCACACACUCAAAGAAACCGAAGGUUCCUCAUCAGUGUUCAUACUGCAUGAAGACAUUCAGUAAACUUAACAAGCUCGUCCGUCACAAGCGAAUCCACACCGGGGAGAAGCCUUUCACCUGCUCGGUCUGUGGAAAAGGAUUCUCCGAGUCAGGCCACUGCAAGGCCCACGAAAGGACGCACGAGGAGCAGCCAGAAAAACCUCACCGCUGCGCCGACUGUGGGAUGUGUUUCUUCAAGGCCUCAGAGCUCAGGCGACACUUCCGUUCCCACACAGGAGAGAAACCUUUCAGAUGCACCCUGUGUGACACCUGCUUCUCCCGCUCAGAAGGGCUUAAAAGACACAUGAGGAGGCACACAGGGGAGAGACCGUACAAAUGCAUUAUCUGCGGAAAGGGAUUUUAUUCUCGUCGGGAUUUGAACAUUCAUGGACUGACCCACUCGGGAGAGAAACCACAUCUUUGCCCCGUAUGUGGUAAAGGCUUCUCACAACUGGGCAACAUGAAAGAACACGAACAAAAUGUUCAUAUUAAGUCUGAGAAAUAUAUUUGCAAUGAAUGUGGGGCAACCUUCACACGAUACAAGUCACUGGCAAAACAUCAGCGUACACACACAGGAGAAAGACCCUAUCUGUGCCUAACAUGUGGCCGCAGGUUUUCGUGGAGCCAUUCUCUAAGCAGACACCGGAGGACACACACACACAAACAGAUGUCUAUGGACACAUCGAAAGACAUACCAAGCUUUGAGGGACCCUCUGAGAAUCCCAGCAGUUGAAAAUAAAAGUUAAAUCCUUAUAGAAUCUGCCUGGAGCCACAGUCAAUCUAAAAUUUACUAAUUUGUAGUAAUUUGUUGUACUUUGACAACUAAUUUUCAAGCAUUGUGAGAAUCCACUUGCUUUGUUGUUUGUCCACAAAAUAUCACUCAUGGCUCCAGAUGAGCCAUUUUUUUUCUCCCAAUAUUUUUAUUGAUCAAAGCCAGAAGGUAAGUGUUCUGGCACUGAUGUUUAUUGAACUAUGUUGGAAGUAUAAAUUGAUGUUAUAUUAUGUUUUGCAUGGAUAUAUUCUGUUAAUUGGGUAAACACAGAUUAUGUUGCUAUCUAAGCAUACCACUGUAUGUGGGGAAGCUUUUUUUUUCUCCUUCUUUUUUGACAUAUUUGGGCCUGAAUUCAGAUGUGGACGAAUUUCUCAUAAGGUGAAUGACUAUCUGUCAUGAACCAGAAGGUCUGACACAACCAAAGCAGAGCUGCCCUGCCAGAAGGCCUGAAACUCUUAUUUGACAAGAAACUGAUAAGACUGAUAGAUAAAAUACUGACCAAGUGUCUGCCACCAUCUGAUUAAUGGAAAUGCCAGACUAUAGUCUUGACUAAAUGUCUGUUUUCUAAUGGUGAUUAAUUUAAUCUGAUGUUAUCUGCUGCCUCUCCAACAGUACUGUAGAAAGCACAUAAAUUGUAACCAGCAAGAUUCGUGCAUGGUUCAGGUCAUACCAGUAGCUGAGUGAUUUUCUUACUGCAGUUGAUAAAAGAAAGUUUUACUUUUUUUAAUUUUGGUUUUGCUGCCAGCUGCCCAUCAUAAAUGGUGAAAUGCCAAAAUUGACAUUUUUUUCUUUUCUUGUAUCAAGUUCUUUACAGAAUGGUCAAUGUUAUGCUGACUCAGAGCAGAAAAGUGUUGUUACACUGUUCUCUAUGCAGGUAUAUUACCUUACGGUGGUUUGAAUUGUAGAGAGUGCAGCAGCAGUUUUUGUUGGGUAUGAGCUGUGUGAAAUUAAAAUGAAUAUAGAACUUUUUCAUAUUUUUUUAAAAAUUUCCAAUUUGUUCAGUAUUGCUACUGAUAGCUUAUAUAUUGUGUAGUUAAGUAAUCCAUUGAUUUUCUUUGUGAUUCUAUCUACAUGUACAUGGUUGCUUACUGUCAAUAAGCAGAUACAUUAGAUAGUGCUGUAGUUAACUGCAUAGCAACAACACAAUGGGCCUGAAGUCUCUGAAAUACAUAUUGAGCUAAUGUGCUGAAAUGUAUUUUAGUUGUGCCCAUGAAGAUGUGAAUUGAACCUUGAGCUACAUAAGUCUCUCUGGAAAGUUCUUUUGUUUAAAAAAACAAAAGCCACAGCCACCAAUAAACUGUUUU